AUGGAACAGUCCCGCGACGCCCACCUGCUGGCGCAGCAGCCCGAUCUCUCGCCUCUGGAACAGGAGGUUCUGGAAGAAUAUGAGCGGCUAGCGGAGAAUAUGAAAAAGCUGGCGUCCGUAUUGGACAAUAUGAGUGGUCUGCCGAGUACCGAGAUCCUCGACGGGCUCAGGGAGCUGGAGCGCAAGACGAGUCUGGUGUUCACGCUGUUGAAGGCGAGCGUGUAUAGCAUUGUGCUACAGCAAGAGAUUGAUUGGGGCGGCCAGCACGAGGAGAACUAG